UCAACACUUUCAAAUGACGUCUGUAGAUAAACGAAAACAUGUUAUUGAUCGCCAAUUCUUAAAAGCAACUAUUCUCUAUGAAAUAUUACAAACACUUGUCGCUUCGACAGUGUUAGAGCUCAUGCGCGAACUUAUUAUACUCCGUUAAACAUAUUUUAAAUUAUCAGCAUACCGAUAGUAGAUAUUACAGAAGAAGGGAAUUUACCGUUCGCUCUCAUUGUUCAUAUAGCUCCACUUAUUAAAAGUUCUAUUGAAUUAAAUUUAAAUAAAAAUGAAGUCGUGUAUUACAAUUAUUUCCGCACUUUUUGCUAUAACUGUUUUAUUUGGAAGUGGAAUAUGCUACGAAGUCGAUACGUAUGAAUUUUUAAUGCCAAAUGUUUGGCCGAAUCAGGAUGAACUCUAUCUGUGUACUCCUAUACGAAUCGUUCCAAAUUCACAUUUCUACAUCGUUGGUUUUAAACCAAAUGCCACGAUGCACACGGCUCAUCAUAUGCUGCUAUACGGGUGUUCUGAACCGGGAGCUAAUGAUUUAGUGUGGAGUUGCGGUGAAAUGCAGAACAAUGAUAUCGACUCCCGCUACAACACGGCCAGCCCUUGUCAGUCUGGUUCACAGUAUACGUAUACGCGGGGGCGCGAUGCUCCGAGUCUCAAACUGCCGGAGGACGUCGGUUUCCUAGUGGGAGAGAACUCGCCGAUCAAGUAUUUAGUUUUGCAAGUGCAUUAUAUGCAUAAAUUUCCAGAAGGGCAAACCGACAAUUCAGGAGUGCUGUUACAGUAUACGACGGAGAGGAUGCCUCGUCAAGCGGGGGUGUUCUUGUUGGGCACUAGCGGGGUGAUCGCACCAAACCGCGUCGAGCAUAUGGAGACGGCUUGCACGCUCCACGAGGACAAGGUCAUACAUCCCUUCGCCUUUAGACCUCACACUCAUAGCCUCGGCAGGGAGGUUUCGGGGUACGUGGUGCGUCGGGCGUCGUCUGGUGAUGAAUGGCGUCUGCUGGGUCGCCGCGACCCCCAGGAGCCUCAGAUGUUCUACCCCGUGGAGGAUAUGGACCCCAUCAAGAAGAACGACGUACUAGCAGCGCGCUGCGUCAUGAACAAUACCCACGAAUACCCCGUCAAGAUUGGGGCUACCAACAACGAUGAGAUGUGCAACUUCUAUUUGAUGUACUGGGUGCAGAACGACACACCCCUGGCACAGAAGUACUGCUUCUCCGCUGGUCCACCAUACUAUUACUGGAAUAGGGCCGUCGAAAACUUUGACCGUAUACCAGAUAGAGAUAUUAAUAUUAUCUAGAUGAACGAAAAAUGUUUUCUGUCUUCUGACCAUAAAUUUUUUUAUUAUCCAUGUUACUGCCUGGGAUCUUAGUCAUUGAUCUGAUUUUUUUUAUUUUCAUUUUUUUUCCAUUACAGUAGACAUUUACUUAAAAAAAUCUUUUUUGUGUUAAUUUAAGACAAUAUUUUAAUUAACAUUCCACUUUAAAUUAUAUGGUAAUAAUUGUAUACAUAUAAUAAUGUAUAAAAUUAAAUUGAUUUGUCCUUUUUUAGUAACUUAAAGUAUGUGAUCUAAAUAAUUUUAUUACACAUUGAUAUGUGAAUAAUUCACAGAAAUAAUAAAAAAAAGUAUUAUAUAUAUAUAUAUAUAUUACUCAAAGUAUAUAUUUAUAGUUGUAUAAAAAUAUUCAAUUAUUGUUAAUUAAAAGGGGUAAAUGCAAAGAAAUGGAUUAAACAGACAUUGGAUUUAUACAAGAUAUUUGACAUUUAGUUUUGUGUUUUACAUCUAUAUUAAUAAUUCUAGUCAAAAAAAAAACACAAGACUUGAUGUAUUCGAUGAUGUCUAUUGCUUUAUAAUUUUUAUUAAUAUAAAAUAAAAAAUAUUUAUAUAAAUUUUACUAAAAGCUUUACAAUUUCUCGAAGUUCUUAAAUAUAAAUGAUUAUUUUAUAUUCACUAACGUAUUGGAAUUAUAGCUCAUAUUAAAAUUUUAAUAAUAAAUCUCAAUUAUAUUAAUGGAACUUAAAACUUGGUCAAUGACUGAAAGAGCAUA